UUCCUUCCUGCUGGCAAGCAGCCCCUUUUCCUUCGAUGCUAGACGCCAUUGUUGUAUCCGGCCCUCGAAGGAAGCUGCCUCGGUUCUCUUCUGGUUGACAUUGAUGAUGUCACUGGAGCUUGAAAUUUCGAGGCUUGCUAUUUCCGCCGGGAAGAUAUAGGGCUGAUUCUGCUAAUCUUUAUGGGAACGGCAAUUGAUGGGAACUUAAACCUCUCGGGGUGGAGCAAGGUCUCUUCACCGGACCUGGGAUUGGCUUCGCCUAAAAAGCGGAUGCGCCAGAGCUGGAUCUUGCAGAACGGAGUGAUUCCUCGAUCUUUGAUAUAUGGAUCGGUGCUCUUCGCUCUGGGACUCAUCUCGCUUUUCACUGGCAACGUUGUAUCCGAAAUUGAGUGGUCCAAGUUCCGGAGGUAUAGACGGGGUGCCACUCAUUACGACAUUGAUAUUUGGAAAUCAGACUUUGCGAAACUUUACUAUGGCUGCAGUGAUAGAAGCCCAAAGUUUGGACCUGCUGUGCCACAAAACCAAUCUAACGGGUACUUACUGAUUGCUACAAGCGGGGGACUUAAUCAACAAAGAACGGGGAUUACAGAUGCUGUUGUUGUUGCUCGUAUUCUAAAUGCAACACUUGUUAUACCAGAAUUAGAUCAUAAUUCAUUCUGGAAAGAUGAGAGUGACUUUGCCAACAUUUUUGAUGUCAAUUGGUUCAUUUCGUCUCUUGCAAAAGAUGUCAUUGUUGUUAGAAGGGUUCCAGAUAAAGUAAUGAGAUCAAUGGAGAAACCUCCCUACAGUAUGCGGGUUCCGAGGAGAUCAACCCCAGAAUAUUAUCUUGACCAAGUCUUGCCAAUUCUGUUGCGCAGGAAUGUUGUGCAAUUAACAAAGUUUGAUUAUCGGUUGACCAAUGAGCUUGAUGAUAACCUUCAAAAGUUACGUUGCUUUGUCAACUUUCAUGCUCUAAGGUUUACAAAACCUAUACGGGUGCUUGGUCAAAAACUGGUGAAGAAAAUGCGAAAGAUGAGCUCACGUUUCAUUGCAGUUCAUUUGAGGUUUGAACCAGACAUGCUAGCAUUUUCUGGUUGUUAUUUUGGUGGUGGCCAGAAGGAGCGGAAUGAGCUUAGUAAAAUCAGGGAACGCUGGGAGACAUUGCCUGAUUUAGACGCAGAGAAUGAACGUAGCAGAGGCAAGUGCCCAUUGACUCCAUGUGAAGUUGGUUUGAUGUUAAGAGCACUUGGUUUUGAAAAUGACAUAUAUCUCUAUGUAGCAUCAGGGGAAAUCUAUGGUGGAGAAAGAACUCUACAACCUCUAAGAGAUUAUUUUCCAAACUUCUAUACUAAAGAAAUACUCGCUGGAGAGGAUUUGAAGCCCUUUCUAUCCUUCUCCUCCCGUCUUGCUGCUAUUGACUAUAUUGUUUGUGAGGACAGUGACGUAUUUGUUACCAAUAACAAUGGGAACAUGGCCAAGAUUCUUGCUGGACGAAGUUUUUGCAGGAGGUUUGCCGGGCACAAGAGGACCAUACGGCCAAAUGCAAAGAAGUUGAGCCCACUGUUUAAGGCACAACAUAAGAUGGAGUGGGCGACAUUUGCUAAAAAGGUCAAGCUGUACCAAAGGAGUUUCAUGGGUGAACCUGAGGAGAUGAAACCCGGAAGAGGUGACUUCCAUGAAUAUCCUUAUUCCUGCAUCUGUCAGAAACCAGAUAUGCAACAAACAGAGCUUGGAGGGAGACCAGCCAUGUUGAAAAAUAGUUCUAGAGCAGUUGAAGGACUUCCCUUAGUGGCAGAAGCAAGAAGGUUUAUCAGAAAAUGAAGGAAUGAAACUCCAAUUGGGAGAAAAGAGAGAACUGGCAGAAUGUUCGCUGUAUCAAUAGACAAAAUAUGCCAGCAGAAGAAGCAUGCAGUCCAAAAUGCGAGCACUCGGCCUCGGCGGAGCAUCAGGCUGCAAGAAAGUAAAGAUUAAUUAUUAUUCAAUAUAUUUUUGGGUCUAUUCAACUUGUCAGGAGAAAUACUGGAAGAGCUGCAUGAUUGAGCUUCAGGUCACAAUGUAAUGAUUUCUAGGCCAAAAUAAUUUACUAAAACAGUUGGAAAAGAGUUAUUUUGGCGAGCAUGUUGUUCCCAUGAACUGUCAUCUAUGUGCUCUAGUAUUAUCUAACGUGCUUCAUUUGAGGGCUUCUCCAAUGCAAUGUGUACAUGGAAUCGGAGACCUUGAUUUCUCUCCUAUGGAGUUCAAGAAAUUGGUAUUCCUUCUAAUGACCAUUUUAUGAAUUAAAGUUUACAGUUACAUGUUAUGGGCAGUUACAUUAAUAUAUUGGCAAUCUGUAACUGACAAUUUUAAGAUAAUUGCGGUAUUAAGCAGAAAA